GCCCGGCCAAGCAUCUCCUCGACAGUCACAAGACAAGACUUUGACGAUUCUCCAGUGUGAUCGCUAUGACUCUCGAUCCAAGUCGUCGUCAAUCUCGCCCCUCCUGCGGCAUCUUUAAUUAGGAUUCAACUGCCCCCAACGACGUGCUGCCCUUCUGUGAUCUCGGUCAGAAUCUCGUUGCCCAUGGUCAUGUCAUGGUCAUGGCGCCCGCGCGCACGCCCGUCGUACCUCGAGAGGAAGCUCCGAAUCCGCUACGCCAGCUGAGGCCGAAGAGCGCCCAGUUUGUGACUUGUCCAGGCUGCCGCCAUGGAGGCACCACGGUGAUAGCAAAGGAAUGGCUAUCUCGACGGACGUAUGUAGCAUGCAUGGCCGUCGUUGCUGUCCUUACACCCAUCACGGCCGGCACGAUACUGUUCGUAUUGCCGCUAGUGUUGCAUCCACAAGCUGUCACGCACUCGUGCCGUCGCUGCGGUCUGCGCCUGGCCAUCGCCACGGGCGCCGAAGGCGAGCUCAGGUAUACCGUCCCUAUGGACGUCGAUGAUGAACACUUUAUCCCCGCGCCCGAUGACUGGCGGCCCCAUCUCGCGCGCCUCCCUGGUGGCAUGCGCGUGGCCAGAUCGCCGCUCGGUGCGCCCCCCGAGAUUUCCGAGCGCGAGAUGAAGGCAUGCGACACGCGCUUCGUCAAGAGCCGGCCCCUCAGGCGGCUAAGGCUCCUCGCGGACGACACGAUGGACCACGUCGUGCGUUGCCUCUUGGACGACGACAAGAACGGUGGCGAUGGCGGCGGCGGUGAUGCAGAGGUGCUGUAUGAGAUACACGCCAGCGGCGUCCGCGCCCUCAACUCGCCUGACGCCCCCGACGCGCACAUUAAGGUACAGAUGCGGUCGCCGCCAGCAGAAGACGUCGUGGCCGUUGGGCUGCCACCUUACACCAAGGAGACCACCGACGCUACCCACGAGCCAUCCGCAUCGUCCCGUGCCCACGUCUUUACGCAGGCAUGCCGCUAUCAACUCUUCGCGAGCGAGAAGCGCAAGUAUUCAUCUGUCAUGUUCCUUUCGGAUGCGUCAGGGCACGGCGAGACUGCUUACAUCAAUCGUGUGCACGCCCGCUACCGCGCCUUUUUCUGGGCCGGCAAGCCCAUCUGGCGCUGGCAUUCGUCCCAGGGCGCCCUCCUCUGGAUGUCGCGCCGCUACCGCGACGCUGAAAUGGCUGCUAUCGAUACGCGGCUCUGCCUGAUCGAUGACUAUGACCGAUUGCUGGCCGUCGUCGACGGAUGGGACGGGCUGUCCUUGCUCUGUGCCGCCGACGAUGCCUUCACACAGAACACACAGCGGCCAAGUAUCCCAGGCGUCAAGAGUAGUACCAUCACCCUGUACGCAGAUCUCGACGCCCAAUUGUUAGGCGAGGUCCUAGGGAGCCUAUGUGUUUUGGCGGUGCAGGUGAGGCGUGUCACGGCCGAGUUCAAGAAAGAGAAUGAGGAAAGGCAACGCAAUACCAGACAGAUAAAAUAGAUAGUAUGUUAAGAUUUGAUUUGUAUUUAUAUGCUCCACCGCAUUAGGUCUUGUUGGUUGCUAUCAGUAUGCUUUAUUUUUCAGUGGUAGCCUACUAGCAUUUUCAGCUGUUCAGUAUGCUCAAGUAGCGCUCACUCUUCCUCAGCUUUUUAGUUUAG